AAAAACAGAAUUCCCCAUCUAAAUCAAUCCUUCUCUGUUCUAUCUCUGCUUCUCUGAGUUCUUCCUUCUUCCUUCCAAUUUCUUCCAAAAUCCUCACGAAUCCUCCAUUGUUGCGGUACAAAGCUAGGGUGUCGUGACAAAUUGAUAUCAGAGCAGUUAAUCCUGGAGAAGCCACGCUAUACCUCUCGUUUGCAGCUUCAGGUGGAGGCUAUGGAGAAGCAAAAUAUUGAUUUCGGCAAGGUGCUGGGUGAGAUCCAGGAGUCCUUGGUGUUGCUGAAUCGAGCUCAAGUGGAUACGCAGGCCUCCAUCGUCAAGCUGGAUCAAGGCGUGAGUGCUUGGAGACCACAAGUGGAGGCGGCUGUGCAGGAUCUGCGUGACGAAGUUGGUGACCUUCGUCAGCAGGUGGAUCUUCUGAACAAGGCGAAACAAGCUCCACCGGCGGCGUCUUCCCCUUGGGUCCUGUUGACGGGCAAGGAAAGGAAGGCCCCGUUGCUGCCUACGCCGACGGCUACCUCACCAGCAGCUGUGGCGGAGGGUGCAGAGAAAUGGGCCAACGGCCACCGUCUUCAUCAAAAUUUCUGGGGAAAGGCAUCGGGUGUAGUUACUACCCUGAUCCAUUCUCCGGGCAAGGGUACGUCUGAUUCCAACCGAAUUCCCUUUCGAUCCUUGGAGAAUUUCGAUUUGGAUGGGGGGGCGAGUGAUUUUGACCAGGGAAAUCGGCAGUACAAUCAUAGAGUUCCUAAACUUGAUUUCCCUAAGUUUGAUGGAUCAGACCCGCAGGAUUGGCUUAUGAGAUGUGAGCAUUACUUUGAUGUGAACAACACUUAUCCAGGGUUAUGGGUGCGGGUUUCAACUAUCUAUUUCAUUGGUAGAGCAGCUUCCUGGCUUAGGUCUUCUAGGGCUCAUGUUCGUUUCCCUAUUUGGGAGGAUUUCUGUGUGGCAGUAGCUAACAAAUUUGAUAGGGAUCAACAUGAUGAAUUGAUUAGACAAAUGGAUACAAUUAGGCAGACAGGGACUGUGUGGGAGUUUUAUGAGAAAUUUGAUGAGUUGAUGAAUCACCUGUUAGCUUAUGACCCAGCAGUGAGUAUGAGAUAUCUUAUCCAUAGGUUUACUGAGGGUUUAAGACGGGAUAUUCGUAAUGCUGUCCUCCUGCAACGACCUCGAGACCUCGAAACUGCUCUUGCUAUUGCUACUUUAUAGGAAGAAGUGGCGGAAUCGUCGGGUGGACAUUCAACUCGUGAAUUGAAGAAAUUUGAUGGCCAAGUGAAUAAUAGAUCUUCUCUGAAAGGGGCUUGGCCAUUACCUCAACCUCCUGGACGAGUAGUUGGGGGUAAUCGCACUGAAGAUCGUCUGGGUACUGAACCACAUCGCUCGACCUCUUCUUCGUCAGACAAAAUUUCAGCUCUCAAGGCACAACGGCGUGCACAAGGACUUUGUUAUAUCUGUGCUGAAAAAUGGUCUCCUACACAUAAAUGCUCUACUUCAGUGCAACUGCAUGCAGUUCAAGUGCUUUUCAGUAUUUUACAUGAAACUGACAGUACUCUUGAUGAUGAGCCAGCAGUUUCUCCCACUGGUACAUUGAUGGCAAUAUCUCUUCAAGCAGUAUUGGGUUCAGAAACUGAUGGCACCAUGUGAAUGGUAGGUCAGAUUCAAGGGCUGGAGAUUCUCAUCUUGGUAGAUUCGGGCAGUUCUGUGAGUUUUCUGAAUUCUACCAUUGCUGACAAUCUAAAGAAUGUUCAGAGAAAACCUCAACAAAUUUCGGUUCAAGUGGCUAAUGGAAAUAUCUUGCAUUGUACUUCUGCCAUUACUAAUUGUCAAUGGAGCACUCAGGGGUAUGUGUUUAAUACAACUCUCAGGGUUCUUUCUCUUAACAGUUAUGACUUGAUUUUGGGCAUGGACUGGUUGACAGAGCAUAGUCCCAUGACAGUGAACUGGGCCACCAAACAGCUUACUGUCUCACUGAAAGGACAAUUUAUUCUGUUACAAGGAAUUAAUUCCCAGGUUUCUCAGUGUAACUUACUGCUUGGCCAUCAAAUGAAACAGCUGCAAGCUAGACAGGCAGUGGCUCAUCUUGUUCAGUUAUGUGUCUCUCAUAGUAAUAUAGAGCAGGAGUUUAUUCCAGACAGUGUGCAGCAAGUGCUUCAGGAAUUCUCUGGUAUCUUUGAUGAACCAUCUGGUUUACCUCCUUCCCGAUCAUUUGAUCACACUAUUCCUCUGCUGCCUGGGGCUCAACCUGUUAGUGUGCGACCCUAUCGUUACACCCCUGCCCAAAAGGAUGAGAUAGAAUCAGAGGUUACUGAGAUGUUGGAUAAGGGAAUAAUUCAGCCUAGCGCAAGCCCAUUCUCUUCUCCAGUGCUGUUAGUUAAGAAAAAAGAUGGCACGUGGCGGUUUUGUGUGGACUACCGUCAUUUGAAUGCAAUUACUGUCAAGAAUAAGUAUCCCCUCCCUAUUAUCGAUGAAUUGCUUGAUGAGUUAUCGGGUGCACAGUGGUUUACCAAGCUUGAUCUUCGAUCGGGUUAUCAUCAAAUACGAAUGAAUUCUGCCGAUGAGCAUAAGACUGCUUUCCGUACUCACCAUGGUCACUUUGAAUUCAAAGUGAUUCCCUUUGGUCUUACUAGUGCUCCAGCCACCUUUCAAGGGGUGAUGAAUAGCAUUUUGUCCUCGCUCUUGCGGCGCUGCGUCUUGGUUUUCAUCGACAAUAUUCUGAUCUAUAGCCGCUCGUUGGAGGAACAUGUUAAGCAUUUGAGGGCUGUUUUUCAGAUUCUCGCUCGGCAUCAGCUCAAAGUCAAGAAGAGUAAAUGCUCAUUUGCACAACAGCGGUUAUCGUAUCUGGGUCAUGUCAUUAGUCCAAAUGGAGUGGCCACGGAUGAGGAGAAAAUUCAGGCUGUGCAAAUGUGGCCCACACCUACCUCUAUGUCACGCCCAGAAAUUCCCGAAUAGAAUUCCAAGCAGAAUGUGCAUUAAAAUCCCCGUCCAGGACCGGCCGGGGUACACAAACGACAAUGUUGACAUUUAGAUCUACGUCUUACAAACAUCAUAAAAGACUUACAUAAAUGCAGCGGAAAAAGGAAGACAACAGGAGCUAAGCCUUGACUAGAACUGUAGCGGGAACACCACUCCACAGGCACCCUCGAUGGCACGGACGAAGCCUACUCCUCGGAGAAACCUCCAUCUGACACAUACCCGAACUCUGGGGUUGGGAAAAAAAAAGAGCAAGACUGAGUACUACCCACUGUACUCAGCAAGUCAUACCGGAAUAGGGGUAUGAUGCAGGGAAUUAUCAAAGGAGAGCUAGAGUGGUUCAGUUGCAUAAAGCGAGCAUUUAUAAACAGAAGUUGAAAGAUUUAAACAGUUGUAAUAAUUAAUUAUUAUUAACUAUCCACUGUCCAACGCUAUCCCACGUUGCGACAGGCCCAA